AGAGUGCCCGGAUUAUCAAUCAGCUUAUGUUCCAGAACCGAGUAUUGUGUAUCCUGUGUUUAUUUGUGUGCUGUCGCUGAUGUUGGUCAAGGAAACAGUGUAUAUACUUUGUAUUUUCGUACUUGUAUCACUCCUCAAGCAAUGUCUAUCACUCGACGUAACUGUCAGUACCUGCAACUUGUGGAACUUUAUGUUCAACUGGGAUAUAAGAAAACAUCGUAUCGCAGAACUGAUUCGUGAAUCCAACUCUGAUAUUGUUGCGUUUCAAGAAGUACGAAGUGAUUUCUAUGAAGAACAUUCCCAGGUGUUAGAGUUAAAGAAAUUGUUACCCGAAUACAGAUGGGCUGUAUGGCGCACAGCUAACACAGUUGCUCAAAGUGAUAACUUCAUCCAAAACCUGUGGGCAAAGGAAGGGAUAGGCGUACUGAGCAAGCGGCCCAUCCUGACUAUGAACAUGCAGAGUCUGCCGAACCACGGAGGUCCCGACACAAACAAGAGAAUUGCCCUCCAUGUCAGCAUCAGCCUGGACAGAAACACGGUCCUCAACCUCGUGGCAGUUCAUUUCUCCUACCACCGGCAACAGCAGUGUCACAACUCGGCAGCUAUCCUGGAAUACAUAAGAUUGAAACAGAUGAAGAAUGUCAUCAUUGUUGGUGACUUCAACACAUACAUGGACUAUGACGCCCCAGUCCGGGUGUUUACCGACAGAGUUGUCACCCCGUCCAACCCCUGCUACCAAGAGAUGAAGACCCCGUCCGACAAGGCUCAGACAGCCAGGGUCCUGAUGAUGGACACCUGGAUACACAGUUCAUCCAAAGGGGAAGGACUUACCUUCAGCAACAUGCCCACGCCAGGAUAUGAAAGUCGACCAGACCGGAUCCUUGUGACCAGGCAGUCAUUCAAGGUCAAACUGACACGCCUGUCUGGAAAUGGCACAACAUACAAAAGCAAAUACCAAGGAUCCAUCAAACUGAAGCGCGUCCGAUCUCUGAUCCGAAACGCCUUCUAUACAUUUCAAGGAUACACUGGUUUCUCCUGUGAUCACGACUGUGGGCCCCGAGGAGUGUGUCGAUGUGGGAUGUGUGUAAAGGGAGACAACUCUGAACGAUGUGACCUGCCCAAUUGUAAUGAAUGCAAUGGCUAUCUUUUUGGCAUUUUUAUAUCUUAUUCUUUUGUACUGGCACUGUCAAUUUUAUCUUUUUUAUACGCCUUACUGAGGGUUUUAGUUGUGUCCUCAAAGUUCAGUCCAGAAACGUUUUUUUCUAUCAUGGGUUGCACGUGUUGUUUGUUCAACCCUCAACUGUACAGUUUUCAACGUUUGUCAAGUAGGCAUCGUUCUCUCCGAAUAUUUGCACCGAUAGUGCGACUACCGCCAAUGGUCUUGUUGAUUUGUGCCUUGAUCUUGAUCAUAUUCCUCUUGUUUAUUGGUGACAACUUUUUUCAGACGGGUUUAGAAACUGCAAGUCUUAUAAUGGAUGAAGAAUUUUUUCCUUCCGAUCAUUUGAUGUAUACAGCCCGGCUUGAAAUGAAGUCAUGAUUUUCACUCAUAGUGAAUGAGUGAGUUGGGUUUAACUCCGCUUUGAACAGUAUUUCAGUUAUAUCGCGCAUGUCAGCUUAAGGUUAAAAAAAUUACCAACUUGGUUCUCAGGCACCGCCCACAUCAUCAUAAAG